UAAGAGUAUACUGUGAUAAAAUGAUAAAAUGGUGUGUUGUGUUAAUUUGGAUGUUGCAGCAAAGUUCUUCGUACAAUUUAAACGUUAGAACCAUUAAUGGAACUUAUGAAGACAAUAUCAUAUUGGAAGUUAAUUCUACCACAGAAUUUGUUGUUAUUUUUCCAUCUGUAGAUAACACGAACCCAUUUCGUGUGAUUACUCGAGCAGAAAAUGCCAAAAAAUUCUAUCCGGUUCUGGUUAUGGUUCGGCAAGCCACCCAGGUGACAUCUUGGCAAUUGCCCACCAUUUUGGAUACUACCCAAAAAGAAAAACAUUUAUUAUUUUAUAAUGUGUCCAGAACAAUGUGUCAUGACGACAUGGACUCCAUCGCACAACAUAUAGAAAAUGCAUCUUCUGCUUUAAAAGUGUUACAAAGCUUCAUAGUGGCGAUAUCAACGUCGGACACAAACGUUGUGGUGCAUUUAAAAGUGGUGGAAGAGAAGGAAUUCUACGUAAAACUAAACAAGGAAUACUCGUUGAUGAUUUCGCCCAGCGAACCGAAAUACGUUUAUUUCAGCUAUGCGAGGGAUGUAUCCGACACCGUAAUAAUCGAAGUGGAUUCUGAGGAUGACGUCUGUUUUACCGUUUCUGUACAGGACAGCGCUUGUCCAGUUCUUGUAACUAAUAAGGAUAUAACAUAUGAAGGAUAUUACCAAACUGUUUCCACAAAAGGGGCAUUGAUUAUCAAGAAAACAAAUUUUAAAUAUGGAUUCUUCCUGGUUUUCGUUGCCAAACCGGACAACUAUGACUGCGGCCAAGAAAAAUCUAUUCUUCCAAUACCCAGAACAUACAAAAUGGCUUUAGGAAAUCGUACUUCCAGUUUAACCUUUAACAUCAAAAACAGUAUCAACGAUGGAGAUUACACUCAAGCCUCCGUGAUCACUGUGUUGUUUUUGGGGAUCUUUGGAUUCGCCAUUUUUAUGAUGACUGUUGCCUUCUAUAAGUGGGGAACGCUGUCGAAGAUCCACCUGGAAAAAGUUGAAAAAAUUGAUAGUGCUAACGGAGAUCUUUUGAAACCUCAAUCAGCAAAUCGGAUAGAUUAUUUAUUAAAUUUAGACAACCUUAAGCUAAAUGCUUUAGCUCAGCAUCCCAAAAUAGAUAAAAGAAGGUCGUUUAACUAUCUAUGGCAUAUUUGUAGCAUAGCCCUAUUCUAUAGCAUACCAGUGGUGCAACUCGUUGUGACCUAUCAAAGGGUCGCAAAUAAAACUGGAAAUCAGGACAUGUGCUAUUACAAUUUUAUGUGUGCUCACCCAAAGUUUGGAUUUAGCGAUUUUAACCAUAUUUACUCGAAUGUAGGAUACGUGUUUAUGGGAAUUGUGUUUAUUUUGUCCUCUAUUCAUAGGCAAAUGAAAGUUCCCCUAAGAUUGCAAAUAGGCAUCCCAGUUCAUUAUGGUUUGUUUUAUGCGAUGGGAAUGGCCCUUAUAAUCGAAGGAUUGUUGUCAGCUUGUUACCAUAUUUGUCCCAGUCAAUCAAACUACCAGUUUGAUACGAGUUUCAUGUAUGUGAUGUCUGUCCUUAUUAUGGUUAAGUUAUAUCAAAAUAGACAUCCAGAUAUAAAUGCCUCUGCAUAUGCCACAUUCACAAUGCUAGGAUUUACAGUGUUUCUGGAGGGUUUUAGAAAGUUUAAGAAUGAUAUUGUGAAGCAAGGUUUUACUAAAAAGACGUUUGAACCUGUAAAAAAAGUUAGAUUUAUUCUACUUUUGCUGGUAAAUCUUCUUAACUAUGUCAUGUUGAUAUCAGGAUUGUUAAUGUACCACAGUGGUAUAACUGAUUUUGGAACAUUUUUGCUAGGAUUAUUGAUGGGAAAUUCUAUAAUUCAUGCCAUGUUUUAUACCUUUAUGAAGCUAAUCCAUAAGGAAAAACUAUGUAUAGAAGCUCUAAUAUAUGGACUUUUAGGAUGUGCUACCUGGGCUGCAGCCACUGUUUUUUUCCUGGAUGCUGCCACACUUUGGACCGUUACUCCAGCCGAAUCUCGGCAAUGGAACCAAGGCUGUAUUCUGAUGAAUUUCUACGAUAAACACGAUGUAUGGCAUUUACUCAGUGCCCCAGCAAUGUUUUUCUCCUUCAUGUUCCUUCUAUGUUUGGACGAUGACCUGGUGAAUACCAAACAGAGCGAUAUCGAAGUGUUCUGAACGGAUGUACUCAUAUCUUUUGUAUUUACCUACUUUGUUAAAUAAAC